UUCCUGUAUGAUGAUAUACCGUAUGUAAACAUGUGGUAUUUUGUGUUAUUGGCAGAUAGCUGUAGAAUGCCUAAUGGUAUGUAAUGACUGUCAUGUGACAUUUAGAAAUAUCCGUAGACCGCGGGAGGGAUUGCUUAAAAAUUUAGUUUUUAUUAAUGAAAUGCCAUUUAAUAAACUAUGAAUAUUUUCAAUAACUGAAAGUUUGCAUAAAAUCUAUUGCUUUUGCUUGGCUACAGUGGAGAUGCAUUGCUAGUCUUACAUUUUGUAGGGCACCAACAACAAUAAUUCCCGAGUUUCUGUGUAAGAUUAAGCAGCAUGAAGAAUGCUGAAAUUCAGAUCGACUUUUUUGUUUAUAUGUUGAUAAAAGCAGUAUUGAAAGCCAGUGUUGGAACUUGCUGUCAUUUUUCUAGUACACCAAACUACUGAAAACAUCAAAUUCUUACUGGUAUCAAUAAAACAUAUUAUAAUAAUUAGGCUUUAAUUUACCAGACAGAAUAAAAGAAACAUGUUGGAAGGUUUGUAAGUGCUAUCAAAUAAAUUGAUCAAUACAUACGUAAAUAAACAUAAGUAGGGAUAACUCUCUGAUGGAUUCAAUUUGAAGAGAAACUUGACAAUGACGGACAGUAAAUCACAUGACCUCAGAGCCCAAGAAAACAGAGUGAUGGCAGUUGAUGAAUGGCUGGAUCGAUGGAAAGAGGGCAAGACUGGAUUCCAUCAAGACCAAGUACAUAAGCUGUUGAAGAAACAUCUUGAUACAGUUCUUGAUGGAAGGAAGGAAAUCCGUUGGUUUUUCCCACUGUGUGGAAAAGCUGUUGAUAUGAAAUGGUUAGCAGACAUGGGUCACACUAUAGUGGGUGUAGAUGUGAGUGAGAUUGCAAUUAAAGAGUUCUUCACUGACCAAAACCUUCCCUACACUGAGGAGCCAGUGCCUGCAAUAGCAGGAGCCAAGGCCUUUAAGAGUUCUGAUGGAAAAAUAUCCUUGUACAAGUGCAAUUUGUAUGACUUCUGUAGCUCAAUUGCUGGCAAAUUUGAUGGCAUCUGGGACAGAGGUUCCUUAGUAGCAAUUAACCCUUCUGAUAGGCAACGCUAUGCCACAUUGAUCGUCUCUUUGAUGACCAAAGACUGUCGCUACCUUUUGGACACCUUGCUGUACAACCCAAGUUUAUAUAAGGGUCCUCCGUUUUAUGUACCAGAUGAUGCAGUUGCAAAUUUAUUUGGUCAAAUGUGCAACAUUCAGAUGUUGGAGUCUGUUGAUGCACUAACAGAAAGACAGAAGGCCUGGGGAAUAGAUUAUUUCACUGAGAAAGUACAUCUUCUGACCCUGACUUCAUGAUCAAAUUGGAUUUUGAUGCUUUUGUGGCCCAAAAAAUUGUUGCAUAUUAUGUAUUUUUCCCAAAUGUAGUUGUUUUGAGAGAGAGAGAGAGAGAAAUUAUUAAAAAGGAAGAAAUAAAAACUAACCAAAGGAUCAGAGUUGUUAAUAUGUUCCAGUAAUAUGUGUGAUCUGACCAGUGUCUUUUCUUACAACUUUUUUUCCCAGUGAGGCUAACAUUAAAGAGUAAGUAGUGGAAUUCAAAAAAAUAGUGUUCUACAUCCCCAACUGUUGCUAAAACUGUUUAAAUAAUGUACCUGUAAUUUUUAUUUUCAUUGUUAACAUCCUGAUAAUGUUUUA